AUGGGCGGCCCAACCGGAGUACCACAAAAACCACAAACAACAACCAAAGAUAUUCUAAUCGAUUUUCUUGCUGGUGGAACAGGUUUGUUUUUCUUCUUUCUCCUUCUAGUCUUUACUGGAGCUAUUUCAAAAACAGCCGUUGCGCCACUCGAACGUGUCAAACUUCUUCUUCAAACGCAAGAUGUUAAUCAGAAAAUCUCCGAAGGCAAAAAAUACAAAGGAUUCGGCGAUUGUCUCGUUCGAUGCAUCAAAGAAGAAGGGGCUAUAUCACUCUGGCGAGGCAACUGGGCCAAUGUCUUGCGUUACUUUCCAACACAAGCUUUAAACUUCGCCUUCAAAGAACGCUAUCAACGAAUGUUCGCAAAUUAUAAUCCAGCGUUGAAUCCAUACAAAUUCUUCGCUGGUAAUUUAUUUGCUGGUGGUAUGGCCGGAGCAACAGGUUUAUUAUUCGUCUAUCCAUUGGACUUUGCCCGUACACGUCUUGGUGUCGACAUCGGCAAAUCAGUGAGUGAACGACAAUUCAAAGGCAUGAAUGAUUGUAUCAUAAAAAUCUACAAAGCUGAUGGCAUUCAAGGUCUCUAUCGAGGUUUUGCUAUUAGUGUCGCUGGUAUUUUUGUCUACCGUGCAUUUUACUUCGGUGGUUAUGAUGCUGGAAAGAGAUUCAUGUUUGGCGACAAUCCAAAUCCCAGCAUUCUCUAUCGCUUUCUUUUCGCACAAUUUAUAACAUCCUCAUCUGAAUUUCUCGCCUAUCCACUCGAUACUAUUCGACGUCGUUUGAUGAUGCAGAGUGGUCGCGGAGAUGUUAUCUAUCGCGGAACAUUCGAUUGUGCUCGGAAGAUUGCUACAAAUGAAGGCCUAACAGCUUUCUUCAAAGGCAACUUAUCAAAUAUCUACCGUAGUGUCGGUUCAUCACUUGUUCUCGUCCUCUACGAUGAAUUCAAACGAUACUUAGUCCUUGCCGGACAAGCAUCAUAUGCCAAAUGA